CUCCCUCAAUGGCGGGAGACGGCAAUGCCACAAGUGUCAGCAAAAACUGGUUGAACGACGAGGUCAUGGCGAUGUUUCAGUGGGUGCCUAUGCGUGAUCUGACUACCGCCGAGGAAAUGGCGGUCAUCAAGGCCACCCACGCCCACAUUGACGAGGCAAAGGUGCAGAAACUAGUUGACUUCUCUCACAGGUGA